CACCUAAACCAAACAUCUGCCAUAUUUAAUACUCAGUCGAGCUGAUCUUCAGAGGGGGUCUAUGGAGUUUACAUGAAGUUUAGGAAUUACAUUGGCCAAAGAUAGUUUUAUACACUGUUUGUGGUUGAUUUGAAACAGCAGGACACUGACCUACAGGAAGUAGAGGCGAUGGUGGAAGGCAGGUCCAGCUGCACGCCUGUACUGUACAGUACACCGCUCCAGACCACAGGAAGGCGCGCCAUCUAACAACACGCGCUUCUUCGUUAUUGUUCUGGGAUGACGUUGCUCUCAUUCUGUCUUUCAGACUCGUCUGUGGAGCUUACAGCAAUGGGAAAACACAUUGUUGCCUUGGUGCUUUUCUGCCUCUCGACUUUCUUGUCGUGUGUGUGUAGCUUCUCCUUUGGCUCGGAAAUCAGUUUUGUCACGUGCGGCUCGGUGGUGAAGCUGUUGAACGUUCAGCACAAUGUCAGACUGCAUUCUCACGACGUGCGCUACGGCUCCGGUAGUGGCCAGCAGUCUGUGACUGGAGUGACCACAGUGGAAGACAGCAACAGUUACUGGAGCGUGCGUGGCACCAGUGGGGCGGGUUGUCAUCGAGGGACUCCAGUCAGAUGUGGCCAGAACAUCAGACUCACACACGUGAACACAGGCCGAAAUCUGCACAGCCACUACUUUGCAUCUCCGCUGUCGUCCAACCAGGAAGUCAGUGCCUUUGGAGAGGAUGGUGAAGGUGACCAUCUGGAUGAGUGGACUGUACUAUGUGGGGGUUCUGUAUGGCAGCGGGAUGAGUCGGUGCGCUUCCAGCACAGUGCCACAGAAGCACUGCUGUCGGUGACGGGCGAACAGUACGGCAGGCCCAUUCAAGGCCAGAGAGAAGUGCACGCGAUGACCAGCAGCAGCCAGCACAGCUACUGGAAAGCCAUGGAGGGCGUUUUCAUGAAGCCCAGUGAAACGGGACCCAAAGACUUCAGCAGUUCGACACACACCGAGUUGUGACUGCUUUCACUCCAGCAAACAGUUUGUCUCACAGAACAGUGCGUUCUUCAUGUUCUGUCUUCAUUUGUGUUCCAAAAAUCUCAUGCAAAAGGAUCUUUCAUCCACAUUUCAAAUGUGACAAAUCACAUUAUUUUGACUGAAGAGCACAGAGACCUCAUACUAAACCUUUUUUUUUUCCAUGAAUACAAUUUAAUUCAUCCUUAAUUAAUAUUUCUAGUUGGAAAUCUAGAGGGGUCUAUCAACAGCAGUAAUUAAUGGUAGCACAAUGAGUAGCACCUUGGACACGGGAACGUAUUUGGCAUGUAUACAGUUGAGUGCAAAAGUUCACAUACCCUUAUGACAAAACGAAGAAGACAGAUGUAAAUGUGUGGCGGUCUGGGAAAAGCCUUUACGUAUCACUGCCAAAAAUCCCCCUAAAAAAAACCUAAAUUCUGCCAAAAUGAGUUUUUCUGCCGAAGGCGUGGUUUGUACUUGAGUUGUGACCUGCUUUGGUGGUCGUGAAUGGCGUUGUUCACACAUCUGGAUGAUUUAAAAGCGACAUCCACUAGAUGAUUCCUCAGAGCCAAAACAUUCCUGUCUAUCAGGGGCCUCAAUUAUCAACAAUUUAUCAACCGUUUCUAUGCCUUAAAUGGGAUUUACCAAGUGCAUGAGGAUGUGCGUAUAUUUCGUCAAACCCCUGACCAUACGUAUGCAAGAACCCCUAGUGUUAUAAAAGUGUAAUAGCUGGUAAACUGACUGUGCUGAGCUUCAUCACAUACUUUAUGUAUGUUUAUGUUUCAUACACAUACUUACACAUUUCUCCUAUCAGUAUAGCUGAGAGAGGCCAUGUGCAUAUAUAUAUAUAUAUUCCCAUAUAAAAAAACUUUUUUUUUUUUUUUAAACAUGUAGACUACUGGUCAAAAGUUUAUUCCUUAUUUUGAUUUUUUCCCCCACAUUUUAGAAUAAAAACUCUGGAAUAACGCAACUGGAACUAUGGGAAUUAUGUUGUCAUAAAAAACCCCAAAAUAAUUGAAUAUUUUAACACUUGUUAUCAGGUUGAUAUUCUCUUCCUGAGUCACCCAACCGGGCGCUAAUGGCUAUGCAAACAUCAGGUAUCACCGCUUAUGGCGGAUCAUAAAGGCGAUAGAUACUUUUUUAAGAUACUUUUAGCAUCUUCAAAGUAGACACCCUUUUUGCCAAGAAUUUCCAGAAAUGUAUUCUUGGCAUUUUCUCAACCAGUUUCUUGAGGAAUCUCCCUGAGAUGCUUUUUAAACAGUAUUAAAUAAGUUCCCACACAUGCUGCACACUUAUUGGCUGCUUUUCGGAAUAUUUCAUAAGUCAUCCAUUUAAAAAAAUAUUUUUUUGUAAAUAAAAUGUUAGUUUUCGAAUGAAAGAAAUUAUGUUUGCACACCGAUUUCAAACAUUUAAUCAUACACCUUCAGAUCAAAAGAUUUUUAAGAUCAUGAGAAACAUUUCAGUCAAGGUUCUCCAAACGUUUGACUGGUAGUGUAUAUCUGGAUGCUUUUUUCGAGGCAGUGCAUUUUUACAGCACACUAGAAUUAUCGAUAUAUCUUCCCUUCAUGCUUUUACCUCUCACACAAGAAACACUACAGAAUAGCUGCCUUAUAUUAACAUUGCAGUAUUAUUCAUAUUAUUGUGAACAUUGUGCAGUGGUUAAAGUUUAUUCCAGUAUUCUUCAAGCUGUCUAGAUAAUGAUAUUUAUGCUUUUAUUCAUUGGGCUACCAGUUUGUCCAAUACAAAUCAGUAUUAUAAUGAAUUGACAAAAGUGAAACACUUGAGAUCAAUAGCCAGUUAAUCAUAUUGAGAUAAACAAGAAAACAACUGACAUCUGAUGGAUUGAACAUGAUUCAUCAUUGCAUUUUAAUUAGGAGUUAUUUUAUUAGAUAAGUAAUAGAUAAUACAAAGUUUGUUUUGUAAUUUCUCUAUAUUACAGACAGAAAGAGCAAUACAAGAAGUAUUUCCCCAUACAGUUCUUAAAUGAAUGAAAAAUGAAUCCCAAUCCUCUUAGCUAGAAAUUGUACUAUUCGUUCUGUUUAUUUUCUAUUUGGCUUAAAAUUGCACAAAUUGUAUACCUGACAACCAAAAGUUUCUCCUGAAAGGUGUGUGAAAAGCGACAGUGAUAGAAAUGUAGUUAGCAUUGUGUUUAAUUCAUUAGUCUCUUCUUAGUAUUGUGUGAAUUGCACUUUAAAUCAAACGGACUAGAUACGGCACAUGUGAAAGUACCCUAACCACAUUAAAUCUGUUUCAAAUAUGCACAUUGUUACUACAUUACUACAACAACAAGCUCUUAUUUUUAAAGCAAAUACACUAAAGGUACUACAGUAAUUAUUAGUGUACUGUAGUCCGAGUUGAGAAAGACUUUGAAGACUUUGAAGAAAGCAUUGCUGCAGUCUUCCCAUAGUAAAGGUUUGCCAUAAUAAAACGUUGCUUUAUCAACCUGGACCAAGUUGCUCGUGAUUAAUUUGGAUCCAUAUGUUAAUUUAUUUCCCUAUAUUUUCUUUUUUUUUUCUUCUUUCAAAUAACGUGUUACGUAAAUGUCCACUUGACUGAGGAAAGCCAUAUUUAUAAUCUGUUAUUAAAUGGCUUCCUGUUCUAAGCUGUUACUCCAAGAUGAAGCCAUGGGAGAAUGUGUAUAUAUUAAUAUGUUAAUGUUAAUAUAUUAGUGUAUAUACAGUCAGCUGCAAUAUUAUUCCCUUGUUCCCUUCACUCAGGUAAAAGAGUAAACUCCAAAAGAAUUUCUAAGAGUGCCAAUAAUUGUCACAUGUGGUUUAAAAAAUAUUUUUAUUUCUUAGAACAAAUUUGCUUCAGUUACAGCUCAGAUUUGUCUAAUGUUACCAGUGUGAAAUUGUGCUAAUUAACCAAAAAAAGGAAAACAAAUACAUUUUUAAAUAUAUAUUUUUAAACCCACCUUUACGAAGAGUAAAGGCCGAUAAUUCUAGAGCUGACUGUAUUAGAAUACUAUAGUACUAAAUUUUGUAAUAUGUAUUGGCUGGAUUUACACAUGGUGCAAAUAAAACACGCUGAUUUUAAGGGACAGUUUUGAAAUAAAGUGCUCUUUGAA